AUGAAACCACAGGACAUCCUCAUGGAGAAAAGCAGCUUGUGGGUGUUUGGGUAUGGCUCCCUGGUGUGGAAACCUCACUUUGCCUACAAAAGAAGUAUAGUUGGCUUUAUUAAAGGAUACAAGAGACGCUUCUGGCAUGGAGAUGACUUCUACAGAGGGGACAAGCAAAAUCCUGGGAGAGUGGUCACACUGAUAGACGAUGAAGAAGAGUGCACAUGGGGCGUGGCCUUUGAGGUGACUGGUCCACAGAUCGAGGAGACCCUCCAGUAUCUGAACAUCCGGGAGGUGAUGAUGGGAGGCUACAUCACAGAAGUGGUGGAGUUCACACCAAGAGAGCGGGACCAGAGCAGCCUGUUAGCUUUGGUUUACAUCGCCACAUCGGAGAACCCCAUGUACCUGGGCCCCGCCCCGGACAUGGACAUCGCGGCUCAGAUCGCCAGCUGCAGAGGCAGCACGGGCCUGAACAUGGAGUACCUGGUGCGCCUGGCCGAGUUCAUGAGGCUCUACUGUCCCGACGUCCAGGACCAACACCUGUUCACGAUAGAGAAACAUGCGCUGGACUUUGUGCGCAGAGAGAGUGAAGGCCCCCUGCAGGGGCCUGCGCUAAUGGCCUGA